AACCGGAAAAUGCGCAGGAGAGUCGUCGCCUAUUGAUGACAUCACUAGAAAGCGCCUUGAUACACGAGGAGGGGAAGGGGAGCUAGCUAGGAGCCACUUCCAAGAGCUGGGUUGUCACGUUUAAAAACAUGGGGAAAGCAAAGACAAAGAAGUUUGCUGCAAUGAAGAGAAUGAUCAAUCUAAAAGACAACAGAAUAAAGGAGAAGGAUCGAGCAAAGGCAAAAGAGAAAAAGAAGAAAGAUCCAUCAGCGCUCAAGGAGAGAGAAGUGACAAAGCACCCCUCAUGCCUGUUCUUCCAGUAUAAUACACAGCUUGGUCCACCAUACCACAUUCUAGUGGACACCAAUUUCAUCAACUUCUCCAUCAAGGCUAAACUGGACAUUGUUCAGUCCAUGAUGGACUGCCUGUAUGCAAAAUGUAUCCCAUACAUCACAGACUGCGUGAUGGCAGAGAUUGAAAAGCUUGGAAUGAAGUACAGAGUUGCACUCAGGAUAGCCAAGGAUCCAAGGUUUGAGCGUCUGCCAUGCACACAUAAGGGAACAUAUGCUGAUGAUUGUUUAACCCAAAGAGUAACACAGCACAAGUGUUACAUCCUGGCUACUGUGGAUCGAGAUCUAAAGAGAAGGAUCAGGAAGAUCCCUGGCGUCCCCAUCAUGUACAUCUCAAACCACAGGUACAACAUUGAACGGAUGCCUGAUGACUAUGGUGCUCCAAGGUUCUAAUAUUCUUACAACAGGGCCAGAGCUGUAAAUAGAGUGAAAUCCCCUUGUUGAAUAUCAUUUUUCCUUUGUGUAUUUCUUUAAAGAUGUUGUGAGAUUUGA